GUGUAAUGAUAAAAGCCGCAUUUGCAGUAUACUCGCUGCACUUCAUAUCAAAAGGAAAAUCAAACCCACGCCUUAUUUCUACCUCCACUGCCUGAACAUAGCCAUCAUUUUGGACCUAACGCUUAAGCAUCAGCAGUACCAUGUCCAGGUCAUCGGGGGGCGGAGUGAAUGAUGUCACGCGCUUCCUGUCCACGGGCACCAUGGUGCCGCCCUCGUCCAAGACCGGCUUCUCCGCCUCCAGCCAAGCUGAUUGGGCGGCCAAGAGGCUGGUGUGGGUGCCGUCGGAGAAGCACGGCUUCGAGUCGGCGAGUAUCCGUGAGGAGCGCGGCGAUGAGGUGGAGGUGGAGCUGACGGAGAGCAGCAGGAAGUUGGUGCUGUCGCGGGAGGAAGUGCAGCGCAUGAACCCGCCGCGCUUCAGCAAGGUGGAGGACAUGGCCGACCUCACCUGCCUCAACGAGGCCUCCGUCCUGCACAACCUCACCGAGAGAUACUACUCAGGACUCAUCUAUACGUACUCGGGGCUCUUCUGCGUGGUCAUCAACCCCUACAAGAACUUGCCCAUCUACACAGAGUCCAUUGUGGAGAUGUACCGGGGCAAGAAGCGCCACGAGAUGCCCCCCCACAUCUACGCCAUCUCGGAGGCGGCCUACAGAAGCAUGCUGCAAGACAGGGAGGAUCAGUCCAUUCUGUGCACUGGUGAGUCUGGAGCAGGGAAGACAGAGAACACUAAGAAGGUGAUCCAGUACCUGGCACACGUGGCCUCCUCUCACAAGACUGGCACGCCUGGCAGGAGCAAAGACUCCGCCCUGCAGAGCGUGCAGUAUGGGGAGCUGGAGAGACAGUUGCUGCAGGCCAACCCCAUCCUGGAGGCCUUUGGCAACGCCAAGACCGUCAAGAACGACAACUCCUCCAGAUUUGGCAAAUUCAUCCGCAUUAAUUUCGACGUGGCGGGAUACAUUGUUGGUGCUAACAUUGAGACCUACCUCCUGGAGAAGUCUCGUGCGAUCCGCCAGGCCAAGGACGAGAGGACCUUUCACAUCUUCUACCAGCUGCUGUGUGGAGCCACAGAGGCUAUGAGAGCUGAUCUUCUGUUGGGUACUGCUGAGCAGUACCGGUUCCUGAGUGGCGGCUCGAUCGCGGUGACGGGUCAGAGCGAGUCGGAGAACUUCACCCAGACCAUGGACUCAAUGGCCAUCAUGGGCUUCACCCCGGAGGAGAUGACAGGCAUGAUGAAGGUGAUCUCGUCCGUGCUGCAGUUUGGCAACAUCAGCUUCCAGAAGGAGAAGAACACGGACCAGGCGUCCAUGCCCGACGACACGGCGGCACAGAAGCUGAGCCACCUGCUGGGCAUCAGCGUGGUGGAGUUCAGCCGCGCCAUCCUCAUGCCACGCAUCAAAGUGGGCAGGGAAUACGUGCAGAAGGCCCAGACCAAAGAGCAGGCUGACUUUGCGGUGGAGGCGCUGGCCAAGGCCACGUACGAGCGUCUGUUCCGCUGGCUGGUGCACCGCAUCAACAGAGCGCUGGACCGCCGCCAGAGACAAGGAGCCUCCUUCAUCGGCAUCCUGGACAUCGCCGGCUUUGAGAUCUUCCAGCUGAACUCGUUUGAGCAGCUGUGCAUCAACUACACCAACGAGAAGCUGCAGCAGCUGUUCAACCACACCAUGUUCAUCCUGGAGCAGGAGGAGUACCAGCGCGAGGGCAUCGAGUGGAACUUCAUCGACUUCGGCCUCGACCUGCAGCCCUGCAUAGACCUCAUCGAGAGGCCGGCUCACCCUCCAGGUGUGCUGGCGCUGUUGGACGAGGAGUGCUGGUUCCCACGGGCGACGGACCGUACGUUUGUUGACAAGCUGUCGGGCGAGCAGGGCUCACAUUCCAAGUUCCACAAGCCGAGACAGCUCAGGCAGGAGGAGGCCGACUUCUCCAUCAUCCACUACGCCGGCAAGGUUGACUAUAAGGCAGACGAUUGGCUGGUGAAGAACAUGGACCCGCUGAAUGACAACGUGGCGUCUCUCCUCCACCAGUCCUCUGAUCACUUCAUCUCUGAGCUGUGGAGAGAAGUGGAGAGGAUUGUGGGAUUGGACCAGGUGGGCGGUGAGAGCAGCGGAACGGUCAGUUUCGGCGCGGCCGGCCUGAAGACCAAGAAGGGCAUGUUCCGCACCGUGGGCCAGCUGUACAAGGAGUCCCUGACCAAGCUGAUGGCCACCCUCCGCAACACCAACCCCAACUUCCUGCGUUGCAUCAUCCCCAACCACGAGAAGAGGGCAGGUAAGCUGACCCCCCACCUGGUGCUGGACCAGCUCAGGUGUAACGGUGUUCUAGAGGGAAUCCGCAUCUGCAGACAGGGAUUCCCCAACCGCAUCCCCUUCCAGGAGUUCAGACAGAGGUAUGAGAUCCUCACUCCUAACGCCAUCCCGCGCACAUUCAUGGAUGGAAAACAGGCCUGCGAGCUCAUGAUCAGUGCUCUGGAGCUGGAUCGGAACCUGUUCCGUGUGGGUCAGAGUAAGGUGUUCUUCCGGGCCGGAGUGCUGGCGCACCUGGAGGAGGAGAGGGACCUGAAGAUCACAGACACCAUCAUCCGCUUCCAGAGCGCCGCCCGGGGAUACCUGGCCAGGAGGGCCUUCCUGAAGAAGCAGCAGCAGCUGAGUGCUCUGAGGGUGAUGCAGAGGAACUGUGCCGCCUACCUGAAGCUACGCAACUGGCAGUGGUGGAGACUCUUCACCAAGGUGAAGCCGUUGCUGCAGGUGACGCGUCAGGACGAGGAGAUCCAGGUGCGUGAGGCCGAGCUCCAGAAGGCCAAAGACAAGCUGACCAAAGCCGAGACGGACUUCACUGACCUGGAGCGCAAACACCAGCAGCUGGUGGAGGAGAAGGCGGUGCUUACCGACCAGCUGCAGGCGGAGGCGGAGCUAUUCGCGGAGGCCGAGGAGAUCCGCGCGCGAUUGGCCAGCAGGAAGCAGGAGCUGGAGGAGGUGCUGGGCGAGCUGGAGGCCCGAUUGGAGGAGGAGGAGGAGAGGGGCGCACAGCUGACCAAUGAGAAGAAGAAGCGACUGCAGCAGAAUGUGCAGGACCUGGAGGAGCAGCUGGAGGAGGAGGAAGGGGCUCGACAGCGCCUCCUGCUGGAGAAGGUUACCCUGGAAACCAAAGUCAAGAGCCUGGAGACCGAGGUCCUCAAUGUAGGGGAGCAGAGGGACCGACUGAGCAAGGAGCGGAAGCAGCUGGACGAGCGGCUGAGUGAGGUGGCUGACCAGCUGACGGAGGAGGAGGAGAAGGUCAAAAGCCUCAAUAAGCUCAAGAACAAGCAGGAAGCUGUCAUCGCUGACCUCGAGGAGCGUCUGAAGCGUGAGGAGCAGGGCCGUCUGGAGCAGGAGAAGUGGAGGAGGAGGAUGGAGGGCGAGUCGGUGGAGGCCCAGGAGCAGCUCUCUGAUCUGGGCAUGCUGGCUGCCGAGCUGCGGGGGAGUCUGGCCCAGAAGGAGAAGGACAUCACCACCCUACAGGGCAGGCUGGAGGAGGAGGGAGCGCGGCGUGCGGAGGCGCAGCGUGGCCUGCGGGAGGCGCUGUCGCAGGUGUCGGAGCUGAAGGAGGAGGUGGACAACGAGCGGGGCAUGAGGGAGCGCGCCGAGAAGCAGCGGCGAGACCUGAGCGAGGAGCUGGAGGCUCUACGCACCGAGCUAGAGGACACACUCGACACCACCGCCGCACAGCAGGAGCUCAGGUCUCGUCGUGAGGCUGAGUUGGGGGAGCUCCAGCGGUUGGUGGAGGAGGAGACGCGUCGUCAUGAGGCCCAGGUGUCAGAACUCCGCCUCAAACACAGCACCACCCUCGACUCCCUGCAGGAGCAGCUGGACAACAGCAAGAGGGCGCGGCAGUCUCUGGAGAAGUCCAAGGCGGUGCUGGAGGAGGAGCGGAGCAGCCUGUCGGCGGAGCUGAAGGUGGUGCAGGGGGCCAAGAUGGAGAGCGAACGCAACCGCAAGAGAGCCGACAGCCAGCUGCAGGAGCUCAACGCACGCCUCACACAGGCCGACAGAGAGAGGGAGGAGAGGGAGGACAGGGUGCACAAACUACAGGCGGAGAUCGAGUCUAUGAUUGGUUCCCUCUCGGGCGCAGAGUCCAAGUCCGUCCGCAUGACCAAAGAGGUUAGCAGCCUGGAGGGCCAGCUCCGUGACGCACAGGAGCUGCUGCAGGAUGAGACGCGGCAGAAGCUGUCCCUGGGCUCCCGCAUGCGCGCGCUGGAGGAGGAGAAGGCCAGCCUGGUGGAGCGGGUGGAGGAGGAGCAGGAGAGGAACAAGGAGCUCACACGCCAGAUACAGGCCACCAUGCAGCAGCUGGUGGAGCUGAAGAAGCAGUCGGAGGAGUUGUCGGGGGCGGCGGAGGUGGGCGAGGAGGCGCGCAGGAAGAUGCAGCGCGAGCUGGAGAACGCCCUGCAGAGGGAGCGCACCAAGGAGGAGGAGAAGGAGCGCGUGGAGCGCCAGAGGGACCGGCUCCGGGAGGAGAUCGAGGACAUGACCCUGGCCCUGCAGCGCGAGAGGCAGAACUGCUCCGCCCUCGAGAAGAGGCAGAAGAAGUUUGACCAGUGUCUGGCGGAGGAGAAGUCGGUGAGCGCGCGUCUGGCGGAGGAGCGGGACCGCGCGGAGGCGGAGAGCCGCGAGAAGGAGACGCGCUUCCUGUCGGUGUCGCGUGCGCUGCAGGAGGCGCAGGAGCAGAGGGAGGAGCUGGAGCGCUCCAACAAGCAGCAGCGCCUCGACAUGGAGCAGCUCGUCAACCAGCAGGACGACGUGGGCAAGAGCGUGCAUGAGCUGGAGCGCUGUCGGCGCUCGCUGGAGUCGGAGGCGCAGACGCUGCGGGAGCAGACGCAGGAGCUGGAGGAGGAGCUGGCGGAGGCAGAGAACGCCCGGCUGCGUCUGGAGGUCACGCUGCAGGCCCUGCGCGCCCAGUUCGAGAGGGAGAUCAGCGCCGCCGAGGAGAAGGGGGAGGAGAAGAGGCGCGCGCUCAACAAACAGGUGCGUGAGCUGGAGGUGCAGCUGGAGGAGGAGCGCACCCAGAGGGCCCAGGCCCAGACCACCAAGAAGCAGCUGGAGGCCGAGCUGCAGGAGGCCGAGGCCCAGGUGGAGUCGGCCAAUAGGGGACGAGAGGAGGGCCUGAGACAACUCCGCCGCCUACAGGCUCAGAUGAAGGAGAUACUGCGUGAGCUGGAUGAGACUAAACUGUCUCGUGACGAAGUUAUCGCCCAAUCGAAAGACAGCGACAAGCGUUUGCAGACUCUGGAGGCUGAGCUGGCUCAACUUACUGAGGAAUUGGCCAUUUCAGAGAGAGUAAAGAGGCAGGCCCAGCAGGAGAGAGAUGAGAUGGCAGAUGAACUCCUCAACGGCAGCACUGAAAAGUCUGCAUUGAGUGAUGAGAAGAGGCGUCUGGAGGCCCGAGUGACCCAGCUGGAGGAGGAGCUGGAGGAGGAGCAGAGCAACGCAGAGCUGCUGGCCGAGAGACAACGGAAGGCUGCGCUACAGAUGGAGACUCUGACGGUGCAGCUGGCGGGAGAGCGGACGCUGGUGCAGAAGGCGGAGGGGGCCCGCGACGCGUUCGAGCGCCAGAACAAAGAGCUCAAGUCGCGCCUGGGCGAGAUGGAGGGAGCCGUCAAGGGCAAACACCGCCUCAGCGUCGCCGCCCUGGAGGCCAAGGUGGACGCCAUGGAGGAGCAGCUGGAGCAGGAGAGACAAGAGCGAGCGAUGGCCAAUAAGCUGGUGCGCAAGACGGAGAAGAAGCUGAAGGAGGUGAUGAUGCAGGCCGAGGACGAGAGGAGACACGCGGACCAGUACAGAGAACAGCUGGAUAAGUCGAUGGUGCGUCUGCGUCAGCUGAAGCGGCAGUUGGAGGAGGUGGAGGAGGAGAACUCGCGCUCCAACGCCCAGCGCAGGAAACUGCAGCGCGAACUGGAGGAGAUGAGUGACAGCAGCCAGACCAUGACCCGGGAGAUCACCUCGCUACGCAGCCAGCUCAGCGUGCCAGAAUGGAGACCUGAAAUACGCGCCCCACUGCCUCUGUCCAUGCGCGCAGGACGGCGUGCGCUGGUGGACGACCUGUCCCUGGAGAACUCGGACUCGGAAGAGCCCCCGGCCUCCCCCACCCCGUCCACGGGCCCCCCAGGAACCCCCACCCCCUCGGAGCACAGCCUGGGACCCCCGCCCCCCUACACCGUCAACGACGCCGAGUGAGAGAGGCAGGCCCACCUCCGCAGUGCCAGGCCCGCUGCAGGACAGAACCAAACCCAACCCCGGCGGCAGCCUUGGCGCCACCAGAGGCAAAGCCGCAGUCAGAACAACGUCAAAGGCCAAUCAACAAAAGAAGAACCCAAUUCAGAUUCAAAAACAGGCGCAAGAUUAAUUGGUGGCAGUAUAAAAUAAUGACAUGGCAAAAGGAACUACAAUUUGACUUCUUUGGGGGACUACAGUUCCCAGAGGGACCCAACAAAGCCCGGUGGUAAUGCAGUGCAUUAGGCGGCCAGUGGCAGCACGGAGACAGCUUCUCUACCUAAGCGCUCGUUCAAUCCUACUAAACGUCUCUAAGGGCAAUCUGCAUGUUUAUUAAGGCAAUCAGCUGUGCAAGUGAUAACGUGGUCAUACUUCAUCAUUGGAAAAGAGCCAGGGUCACGUGGAAGCAGGCUGCCCUCUCAGUAUUACAAUUAUCACACCGAGGGCCUGAGAAACGAGUCAUUUAUCUACCUGAACCUGUACGCUUUCUCUUUCUCACUUUCGUACGACUAUGCGUCUGCUUGGCGCUUAUCAGUUAGAUGAAGUGGCAGACGGAAUUUUCUCUUUUAAAAAUCCCACUGGAGUAUUUAUGAGCAGGAUUCAAAUCCAAUUUGUACGAAAAUUUUAUUUGGAAAACCUGAAACGCACAUGUACGGUAUUAUAAGCCAUAAUGCACUGGCCCUGCAUAUUGGUGAAAAUGUAGGUCAGCUGAGUGAGUAUGUGAGAAAGAGAAAUAAGAACAUGUUUACUGUGAUAAAAGUUAUAUGCAUAAUCCAAUAGCAAAGCCAAGAGUUACUUUAAGAGAACAUAUUGUGGUAAUAUUGAGCCUGAGUCAACUCUGGAACUACAGUAUAUAUAGAUGAUCAUAUGGCUUAUCUUGAGCCUGAGUCAACUCUGGAACUACAGUAUAUAUAGAUGAUCAUAUGGCUUAUCUUGAGCCUGAGUCAACUCUGGAGCUACAGUAUAUAUAGAUGAUCAUAUGGCUUACCUUGAGCGCUAUCAUGUCCAGCAUAUAAACUUGUUUCUGCUGUCUUCUCCACCCAGUGACCAGGGUAACGCAUACUGAGGCCUCGUCCAUUAGAUAGGAUAGGAAGACUAGGUACUGUAGAGGGACAGGUCACAUAGAUAGAUCUCUAGCUAGAAUAAUUCCUUAACAUAUGUCUUAACAUACCGCCUCUCAUUUGGGCAGGCAGGAUCAAUGUCAUUCAUACAGUACGUCAGUCAGUCUGUGGUUUUCUAACCCAAGGUACAAUGUGUGUAUUUAUUUAUGCUCUCUGUUCCUCUGCGUCUCUGUGGGCUGUGCUGGCGCCCUCUAGCAUAAGAUCUGCCCCCACGUGUGCUGCUGUAGCAUAUCCUGCGGGGCGGCGCUGUUACAGCAGGCUGCUGCGGUCUGGGGUAGGGACAGGAGGGAGAUGGCGGACUGGUGCAGGCAGUAGAGUCCCAUCAGGCUGGGGUGGAGUUUCAGCUCUGCACAGGUGUGUAGUGAGGCAGGUGAGGGAUCUCCGCUAGAAGGUAGGGAGGGAGAGAGGGAGGCACCCAGCCUGAGAGACUGGUUAUUAGCAGGAGACGAUGACCUGGAUACGAACAGCAGCUGACUCUGGGACUGAUAUGGUUCAGAUCAGGGCCACAAGAUCUGGAUCCAGCGCAGUUCAGAUCAUGCAGACAGACAUGUAGCCAGAUACAUGUUAGGGCCACGUCCGUCCCAGAUUCCAUUCAAACGUGGCCCAGAUGUUGCCAUAAUGCUCCCCAGAGUCAGCUGCUGUUUGUGGCAGGUCAGGUACAGUAGGUCAGUUUGAGUCUCAGAUGUUGUCUCACUGCGGUGAGAAGAGGGUUUGUGUGGAUCGAAACUAAAUCUAAAUGUCAAAAUAAAGGUCUGAAUCUUUUAAUAAUCUGUAUCAGAGACUGCUAGCCAUUCUCAUUACAACCAUAUCAUAAAUGUAAAGGUCUUGUUCUUCUUAUCAAACAGACGUAAUGUACAAUGUAAUUUUUUUAAUGAUGAUGUAAAAUAUUUAUGGAGUAAAGCUUUUUUUUUGUUUUGUUUUGUUUUGGUUUACCAAAUAUCAGGCGCAUGGAUGAGAAAAAAGGGACAAACAGAUAGACGAACGGUAGGAUAGACUAGCGACCGUAGACUAGCUUGGCAUCACUGGAGAUGUAUAGAAGAAGAAAGAUUCUAGUUCCCAUUCCGGAACAUCCUUUGCUCUUUCCAUGCAAAAGCCCCCUUGUUUUUACCGAGUGUUUUCAUAGAGGUCAUAGAGGUCACAGAGACCCUCAGUGCUCAUCUCCUGCCUCGAUGAACCCGCAAUGGCGCCCCCCUCUGGGCUGGAGAGAUAGAGUAGCUUUAUAUAUGUAGGUUAGUACCGAAUGUUUAGGACUUUCAGCCCAGCGGAGAAGGAGAAGUAAGAGAGACCCACGUUCCUGAUUGUGUAGAAGUCAGAGGGGAUAAGACUGUUCUUGGCACAUUAAUGCAAUGUUAGCUUUAACUGGUGACAGAGAAGUCCUGAUGGUGUUCCCAGUCCAAGCAUGCUGGCCUCCCGCUAGCCCCCUAUCCAUGGCUCCGCGCCUCUCGAUUGUCAUUCCUUUCCAUUUACUCAGUCCUCAAAAGCUGUAGCAUUUUAUUCCUUUUCCAUGAAGUCACCACGUAUCAGACAGUGCUUCAUCAAGAGCGACUCUCUCGUCAGCUUGCUUUUCUUUAUUAUGAAUUAGAUUCAUUGAAUGGUUCUCCCUGAAGACGGCCCUUCAUAUCUUUUAGUCAGGGGACAGUCUGGACCGUGUGUUUGUGUGUGUGUGCUGGCCAAGGCAGAGAGUGGUCUGUUUCACUCAAGAUUCCGUUGAACUGUUCAGCUGAAGUUGCCACCGGAAUAGAUAUGACCCUGACCUUUGACCCCUGGCUCUGUGUGUCUGGGGGACAAACACAGCAGUGUGUCUCAGAAGGAGCCUAAAGGCUGGCGCCCACCGGACACGUACGCGGUGCGACAACAAGAACAUUAGAACUCCAUUGUUUUGAACGGAGCAAAGCCCACCAGAAACGUCUGCCGUGCGGCCGCCGCACAGGGUUAGAAAAGUGUUCUAGAAUCCUGCGCGUCAAGCCCACACCGCUGAACGCCGUGUCCGGUGGGCGCCGGCCUUUAUAGGUCAGCAUCACAUCAUAGGCCCAGAACUGGCCACUGCCACAAGGCACUUUGUGAGUGUAGACAGCUCCCCCUAGUGAGCGGAGGAUGAAGUGCAUUAAUUGAUCUCUACUGUAAAGCUUUGCACUACUAAAACAAGUGAAAGUGUUGUGGCAACGCUUCUGUAACCUUUUCCUGUGUCUUAUGUUCUAAUGUUAUCCUGCUUUACUUUGUACAGCCCGGCCCAGUUCUUACUUUGUGUCAAGAAUGUCUGAUCGCUGAAAUGGACUCACUCAUGGACGGUGGAGCGGCCCUGGUAUGGGUCGGCUCCAUUGGCGUUCGAUCACUGGUUUAUAAUGCAGUGUACCAUGAUGUAAUACUCUGAUUAAAAGUUUUUCUCUGA